UCGUUGUGUGAACCGUUUACCGUGAGAAUGGCCGUGUCUAUAAAGCUAUAUUUUUUACUAUUAAUAAUAAAUAUACCGCGGAUACCUUCAUGCGAGACAUAUCACAACGAUCAAGAAUGGAUUUGUGAAUACGUGUAUGUUUAUGAUGAACCUAUAAAACAAGUGACUAACAAAAUUAAUGAAGAUAUGAACGACAAGUGUAUUUAUGAAUCUACUACAGAACCAAACAACUUAUUUAUACGUACGACGCCUAAAGGAGUGGUGAAUACUACUCAGGACCCUAAACCAGUGGCAAGCAAUACGCCUGAUAAUGAAGACGAUUUGUAUAUUCCUACGAAGCCUAAAGGAGUGGUGAAUACUACUCAGGACCCUGAACCAGAGCCAACCAACCCGCUUGAAGAUCCAGAAGACUUGCAUACUACUACGACGCCUAAAGGAGUGGUGAAUACUACUCAGGACCCUAAACCAGUGGCAAGCAAUACGCCUGAUAAUGAAGACGAUUUGUAUAUUCCUACGACGCCUAAAGGAGUGGUGAAUACUACUCAGGACCCUGAACCAGAGCCAACCAAUCCGCUUGAAGAUCCAGAAGACUUGCAUACUACUACGACGCCUAAAGGAGUGGUGAAUACUACUCAGGACCCUAAACCAGUGGCAAGCAAUACGCCUGAUAAUGAAGACGAUUUGUAUAUUCCUACGACGCCUAAAGGAGUGGUGAAUACUACUCAGGACCCUGAACCAGAGCCAACCAAUCCGCUUGAAGAUCCAGAAGACUUGCAUACUACUACGACGCCUAAAGGAGUGGUGAAUACUACUCAGGGCCCUAAACCAGUGACAAGCAAUACGCUUGAAGAUCCAGACGUCUCGUAUAGUACUACGACGCCUAAAGGAGUAGAGAAUAUUCCUCAUGACACUAAACCAGUGACAAGCAAUACGCUUGAAGAUCCAAACGUCUCGUAUAGUACUACGACGCCUAAAGGAGUAGAGAAUAUUCCUCAUGACACUAAACCAGUGACAAGCAAUACGCUUGAAGAUCCAGACGUCUCGUAUAGUACUACGACGCCUAAAGGAGUAGAGAAUAUUCCUCAUGACACUAAACCAGUGACAAGCAAUACGCUUGAAGAUCCAGACGUCUCGUAUAGUACUACGACGCCUAAAGGAGUAGAGAAUAUUCCUCAUGACACUAAACCAGUGACAAGCAAUACGCUUGAAGAUCCAGACGUCUCGUAUAGUACUACGACGCCUAAAGGAGUAGAGAAUAUUCCUCAUGACACUAAACCAGUGACAAGCAAUACGCUUGAAGAUCCAGACGUCUCGUAUAGUACUACGACGCCUAAAGGAGUAGAGAAUAUUCCUCAUGACACUAAACCAGUGACAAGCAAUACGCUUGAAGAUCCAGACGUCUCGUAUAGUACUACGACGCCUAAAGGAGUAGAGAAUAUUCCUCAUGACACUAAACCAGUGACAAGCAAUACGCUUGAAGAUCCAGACGUCUCGUAUAGUACUACGACGCCUAAAGGAGUAGAGAAUAUUCCUCAUGACACUAAACCAGUGACAAGCAAUACGCUUGAAGAUCCAGACGUCUCGUAUAGUACUACGACGCCUAAAGGAGUAGAGAAUAUUCCUCAUGACACUAAACCAGUGACAAGCAAUACGCUUGAAGAUCCAGACGUCUCGUAUAGUACUACGACGCCUAAAGGAGUAGAGAAUAUUCCUCAUGACACUAAACCAGUGACAAGCAAUACGCUUGAAGAUCCAGACGUCUCGUAUAGUACUACGACGCCUAAAGGAGUAGAGAAUAUUCCUCAUGACACUAAACCAGUGACAAGCAAUACGCUUGAAGAUCCAGACGUCUCGUAUAGUACUACGACGCCUAAAGGAGUAGAGAAUAUUCCUCAUGACACUAAACCAGUGACAAGCAAUACGCUUGAAGAUCCAGACGUCUCGUAUAGUACUACGACGCCUAAAGGAGUAGAGAAUAUUCCUCAUGACACUAAACCAGUGACAAGCAAUACGCUUGAAGAUCCAGACGUCUCGUAUAGUACUACGACGCCUAAAGGAGUAGAGAAUAUUCCUCAUGACACUAAACCAGUGACAAGCAAUACGCUUGAAGAUCCAGACGUCUCGUAUAGUACUACGACGCCUAAAGGAGUAGAGAAUAUUCCUCAUGACACUAAACCAGUGACAAGCAAUACGCUUGAAGAUCCAGACGUCUCGUAUAGUACUACGACGCCUAAAGGAGUAGAGAAUAUUCCUCAUGACACUAAACCAGUGACAAGCAAUACGCUUGAAGAUCCAGACGUCUCGUAUAGUACUACGACGCCUAAAGGAGUAGAGAAUAUUCCUCAUGACACUAAACCAGUGACAAGCAAUACGCUUGAAGAUCCAGACGUCUCGUAUAGUACUACGACGCCUAAAGGAGUAGAGAAUAUUCCUCAUGACACUAAACCAGUGACAAGCAAUACGCUUGAAGAUCCAGACGUCUCGUAUAGUACUACGACGCCUAAAGGAGUAGAGAAUAUUCCUCAUGACACUAAACCAGUGACAAGCAAUACGCUUGAAGAUCCAGACGUCUCGUAUAGUACUACGACGCCUAAAGGAGUAGAGAAUAUUCCUCAUGACACUAAACCAGUGACAAGCAAUACGCUUGAAGAUCCAGACGUCUCGUAUAGUACUACGACGCCUAAAGGAGUAGAGAAUAUUCCUCAUGACACUAAACCAGUGACAAGCAAUACGCUUGAAGAUCCAGACGUCUCGUAUAGUACUACGACGCCUAAAGGAGUAGAGAAUAUUCCUCAUGACACUAAACCAGUGACAAGCAAUACGCUUGAAGAUCCAGACGUCUCGUAUAGUACUACGACGCCUAAAGGAGUAGAGAAUAUUCCUCAUGACACUAAACCAGUGACAAGCAAUACGCUUGAAGAUCCAGACGUCUCGUAUAGUACUACGACGCCUAAAGGAGUAGAGAAUAUUCCUCAUGACACUAAACCAGUGACAAGCAAUACGCUUGAAGAUCCAGACGUCUCGUAUAGUACUACGACGCCUAAAGGAGUAGAGAAUAUUCCUCAUGACACUAAACCAGUGACAAGCAAUACGCUUGAAGAUCCAGACGUCUCGUAUAGUACUACGACGCCUAAAGGAGUAGAGAAUAUUCCUCAUGACACUAAACCAGUGACAAGCAAUACGCUUGAAGAUCCAGACGUCUCGUAUAGUACUACGACGCCUAAAGGAGUAGAGAAUAUUCCUCAUGACACUAAACCAGUGACAAGCAAUACGCUUGAAGAUCCAGACGUCUCGUAUAGUACUACGACGCCUAAAGGAGUAGAGAAUAUUCCUCAUGACACUAAACCAGUGACAAGCAAUACGCUUGAAGAUCCAGACGUCUCGUAUAGUACUACGACGCCUAAAGGAGUAGAGAAUAUUCCUCAUGACACUAAACCAGUGACAAGCAAUACGCUUGAAGAUCCAGACGUCUCGUAUAGUACUACGACGCCUAAAGGAGUAGAGAAUAUUCCUCAUGACACUAAACCAGUGACAAGCAAUACGCUUGAAGAUCCAGACGUCUCGUAUAGUACUACGACGCCUAAAACAGUAGAGAAUAUUCCUCAUGACACUAAACCAGUGACAAGCAAUACGCUUGAAGAUCCAGACGUCUCGUAUAGUACUACGACGCCUAAAGGAGUAGAGAAUAUUCCUCAUGACACUAAACCAGUGACAAGCAAUACGCUUGAAGAUCCAGACGUCUCGUAUAGUACUACGACGCCUAAAGGAGUAGAGAAUAUUCCUCAUGACACUAAACCAGUGACAAGCAAUACGCUUGAAGAUCCAGACGUCUCGUAUAGUACUACGACGCCUAAAGGAGUAGAGAAUAUUCCUCAUGACACUAAACCAGUGACAAGCAAUACGCUAGAAGAUCCAGACGUCUCGUAUAGUACUACGACGCCUAAAGGAGUAGAGAAUAUUCCUCAUGACACUAAACCAGUGACAAGCAAUACGCUUGAAGAUCCAGACGUCUCGUAUAGUACUACGACGCCUAAAGGAGUAGAGAAUAUUCCUCAUGACACUAAACCAGUGACAAGCAAAACGCUUAAAGAUCCAGAAGUCUCGUAUAGUACUACGACGCCUAAAGAAGUAGAGAAUAUUCAUCAUGACACUAAACCAGUGACAAGCAAUACGCUUGUAGAUCCAGACGUCUCGUAUAGUACUACGACGCCUAAAGGAGUAGAGAAUAUUCCUCAUGACACUAAACCAGUGACAAGCAAUACGCUUGAAGAUCCAGACGUCUCGUAUAGUACUACGACGCCUAAAGGAGUAGAGAAUAUUCCUCAUGACACUAAACCAGUGACAAGCAAUACGCUUGAAGAUCCAGACGUCUCGUAUAGUACUACGACGCCUAAAGGAGUAGAGAAUAUUCAUCAUGACACUAAACCAGUGACAAGCAAUACGCUUGAAGAUCCAGACGUCUCGUAUAGUACUACGACGCCUAAAGGAGUGAUGAAUACUACUCAGGACUCUAAAACAGUGACAAACGAUACGCUUGAAGGUCCAGACCACUUGUAUAUUCCUACGACGCCUAAAGGAGUGAUGAAUACUAAUCAGGACCCUGAACCAGAGCCAACCAAUCCGCUUGAAGAUCCAGAAGACUUGCAUACUACUACGACGCCUAAAGGAGUGGUGUAUACUACUCUCUUGAGUCACUCUUUCAGGGUCCUCCCUGAACCAGUGACAAACGAUACGCUAGAAGAUUCAGACCACUUGUAUAUUCCUACGACGCCUAAAGGAGUGAUGAAUACUAAUCAGGUCCCUGAACCAGAGCCAACCAAUCCGCUUGAAGAUCCAGACGACUUGCAUAUUAGUACGACGCCUAAAGACCCUGAACCAGUGACAAACAAUACGCUUGUGUAUAUGAUUAUGACGCCUAAAGGAGUGGUGAAUAUUACUAAUGGUCCUGCACCAAUGACAAACAAUACGCUUGUGUAUAUUAUAACGCUUACCGCGUUGAAUAUUACUAACGGUCCUGAACCAGUGACAAACAAUACGCUUGUGUAUAUCAUUAUGACACCUAAAGGAGUGAUGAAUACUACUCAGGUCCCUGAACCAGUGACAAACAAUACGCUUGUGUAUAUGAUUAUGACGCCUAAAGGAGUGAUGAAUAUUACUAAUGGACCUGAACCAGUGACAAACAAUACGCGUGUGUAUAUGAUUAUGACGCCUAAAGGAGUGAUGAAUAUUACUAAUGGUCCUGAACCAGUGACAAACAAUACGCUUGUGUAUAUGAUUAUGACGCCUAAAGGAGUGAUGAAUACUACUCAGGUCCCUGAAUCGUCAGGUCCUAAACCAGACACAAACAAUACGCCUGGAAAUGAGACGAUGAUGUUAUACAUGUGUAUUUCUAGUAAAGGAGUGACGAACAAUAUUGUUGAAGCUAGUUCUUCAAAAGAUGGUCCUGGUGAAAUAGUUGUAGACAAUUAUUCGUGUGUAAGUCAAAAAAUUACUUUAAAACCUGAAAGUGUUAAUUUUUUUGGCGAAAUUCGUUUUCAGGGCAAAUAACCUCAUUUUACAUAAAAUAAAUAGUAAAAAAAUA